CCGAGGCAGAAGAGGCGUGGAACAGAGAGGGAGAAGGAGGCAUUUACACUCACUCAUACACAGAUGGACUUUAAGGUGUAGAGCUCAGGAGAGAGCAAAUGCCAGGAGAGGAAGAGAUAGGUGCAAGAGUAAUUUGGGGGGGGUGGAAGCAUUGAAGGAGGGGAGAGAAGAGGGGUGGGAAGCUUUGUGACUUCAUCCUGGUCCCUGCUUUAAAGCUUCUGGAGCUAGCGCAGGACUUGCAGAGACAGGACACAGCGCAUCAGAGCCUGGCACGCUUGGAGUUUCUACCCACUUCUCAGGGGGCAUUGGCACCACAGUGUUCCCCUACCAUUCCGUCCAUCUCCUUUGUCACCAGCAGUAACCCAUGAGAUUCUUCCGGCUCACCUUUAAGUGCUUUGUGGACGGUUUCUGACUUUCUCCGGUCUUCAUUUUUUUGCUUUUCCAUUCUUUUCCUUUUGGGGAGUUUUAUCCCUCACUGAUCUGAACUUGCCAAACUGAUCACUAUUUCCUUUUAACCAUAGUAUUAUUAUUAUUUAUUAUUUAAGGGUUAUUUUGGACUGAAGGUGUUGAGGAAACUGGGACUACUUUGUCUUUAUUUUUGUAAAAAGAGCAAAAGUUUUUGUUUUAUUUUUUUAAAGAGGGAGAAAAGGGUUAGGGGGCACUGACUGGUUUUUAUUUGAAGAGAAUAAGAGAUUUAAAGAUCAUGGAAAAGAGGCGUUUGUCUUUGGACAAUGGUAACUAUAAAGUGGACAUAGAUGAGAAAAAGGGACAGCUGAUACCAAAUGGGACUGCUCAGGAGACAGAUUUGUGCCGGAAUGGAUCAGCCAAAGGAGAGAUAGUCUUCCCUCCAAACUGCAAGGAAGGCAUCCCAGAACGCGACACAUGGACCAGUCAGAUGGAUUUUAUCAUGUCCUGUGUGGGCUUCGCCGUGGGUCUGGGAAACGUGUGGCGGUUCCCCUACCUGUGCUACAAGAAUGGAGGAGGUGUCUUCCUCAUUCCAUACAUUCUGAUCGCUAUCCUGGGAGGUAUCCCCAUCUUCUUCCUGGAAAUCGCUCUAGGACAGUUCAUGAAAGCAGGCAGCAUUGCCGUGUGGAACAUAGCCCCGCUCUUCCAAGGCAUUGGCUUUGCCUCCGUGGUGAUCGUGUUUUUUUGUAACACCUAUUACAUCCUGAUUCUAACGUGGGGCGUCUAUUACCUUGUGAAGUCGUUCUCUGCCGUCCUGCCCUGGUCGCAUUGCAACAACACCUGGAAUUCUCCCGAUUGUGUGGAUAUCUUCAGGCAAGAAGACUGCACCAACGGCACGGCCAAUUCGACCUUUGGCAACCUGACCUGCAACGAACUGGCCGACAAGGUUUCGCCCAUUACUGAAUUUUGGGAGAAAAAAGUGCUGCGUUUGUCCAGUGGCCUGGACGACAUUGGUUCUAUCAACUGGGAGCUGCUUUUGUGUCUGAUUGGCUGUUGGCUGCUGGUCUACUUCUGUGUCUGGAAAGGAGUCAAGUCCACAGGAAAGAUCGUCUAUUUUACAGCCACUUUUCCAUAUGUGGUUCUGCUCAUUCUCCUUGUCCGUGGGGCCAUGUUACCGGGGGCUACCGAAGGUAUCAUUUACUAUCUGAAACCGGACUGGUCAAAGCUUGGGACCGCCCAGGUGUGGAUUGAUGCUGGGACGCAGAUUUUCUUUUCCUAUGCCAUUGGACUUGGUGCCCUGACUGCUCUGGGCAGCUACAAUCGUUUCAACAAUGACUGCUACAAGGAUGCUUUCAUACUCGCAGUUAUUAACAGUGGGACCAGCUUCUUUGCAGGAUUUGUGGUUUUCUCCAUCCUUGGCUUCAUGGCAAACGAACAAGGGGUGGAUAUUUCGAAAGUGGCAGAGUCAGGGCCAGGUUUGGCUUUCAUUGCAUAUCCACGAGCUGUGAGUUUGAUGCCCGUAGCACCACUUUGGUCAGCCCUGUUCUUCUUUAUGCUGCUGCUUCUGGGCUUGGAUAGCCAGUUUGUUGGUGUGGAGGGGUUGAUCACCGCCAUCUUGGAUCUGCUUCCAGCCCGUUAUUAUUUCCGCUUUCAGCGAGAGAUUGCUGUGGCCAUUUGCUGUGCUAUUAUGUUCCUCAUUGACCUGUCGAUGCUGACAGAGGGUGGAAUGUAUGUCUUCCAGCUCUUUGACUACUAUUCCGCUAGCGGGAUGACCCUCUUGUGGCAAACCUUCUGGCAGUGCGUGGUCGUUGCUUGGGUUUAUGGUGCUGACAGGUUUAUGGAUGAUAUUGCACGUAUGAUUGGCUACCGUCCAUUCCCCUGGAUGAAGUGGUGCUGGUCUUUUGUCACCCCAUUUGUCUGUAUGGCCAUAUUUCUGUUCAAUCUCAUCAACUAUAAGCCUCUAACGUACAACAACAGCUACACGUACCCCUGGUGGGGGGAAGCCAUUGGCUGGGGCUUUGCCCUGUCUUCCAUGCUGUGCGUUCCUGUUACCUUCUUGUAUAAGAUCACAUGUGCCAAGGGAUCAUUGAGAGAGCGUUGGCAGCAUCUGACAAAACCUAUAUGGGGAGCCCACCAUUUGGAGUACAUGGCACCAGAUCCUGAUGUUAAAAGCUUGACCACCUUGACCCCAGUGUCGGACAAUAGAGUGAUCAUCUUUGAGAGCGUCAUGUAAAGGGAGCCCCCCCCGCAAACGCACAAGCUAGCAGCAGCUCUCUAUAUUACUCAUAACGAAGACAAUGUUAAUCAUCCCCAAGACUUGUGCCACCAAAUUCCAUCUCAUCUUCUGGUUCAGCUGAAGCCUUCUUUGCUGUUGUAGGAGGUGGGAACCACAGUCCCAACCCCCGAUAUGUGAAUUAACAACCAAAAACUUGUGACUCUUUCCUUUUCGAUACUGAUGCAGUUUAGUUAAAGCAGAGAGCCAAUCGUUAUUAAUCUGUAUGGUUUUAUGGUAUGGUAUGGGAGGAUAGUCGCAUCUAAAUGAGGAGCCAUAAGCAAAAUCUGGCAUCACAACAAGGAGCAAUUUGGUGACAUUUUCUCCAGGCCCUGCAGGUUCCAAAUUAAAUUGCAGAAGAAUAGAAUCUAGAAGAGAUUGAUACAACGUCUAGUAUCAGCCUUUAAAGGGACAUGCUUCGAUAUGGCCUUAUGGAAAUAUUAGGAGGGAAAUUUUAAUUAUUGCCCUUUCUAAGUUUCUAAGAAUUAAUGUUGCAGUUUCAGUCUUGCUCAAGCUGCCAUUUAACCACUUCUAACAGUACCUGUCUUUGCACUUAUACUGCAGGAGUUAACUGCAUUCUGAGCAGAACGAUUAUAUCCAGGUUAAAGCCUAUUUCUUUCAUUUAUACCAUUGUAUUUUUUUCCCAUUCCCAUGGAUGAAAACCUACCAUAUAUUUUGUAUAUCCCAGGAAUUACUGCCUUAAUUUAAUCAUGGAAAUGAUUAAUAAUUAAGUACCUCCUACUACCAAUUAAGUAAGCAACAUUGACUUGAAAUUCAAUAAUAGCCCCUAGGGAAGGAAGGAAGAACAGGAGCUGAACUGAAGCAGGUGAAGCAGAAGCAUAUGGGUGUUCUGUCUUACUGGAAACAUGCCAGGGUUCUGCAGCAUUACCCAGCGGUCACCUAGCAGCACAAGCCAAACCAUUCAUAUCCAGUUAUAACUUAAUUAUAAAUUGCUCUUCUAAGGGUGUUUUGAAUUUACAAUUAAUUAUUCUUACAUUUCAUGGUAUUAGCAGUUUGCUAGUAUCAUGAAUGUGUAAACUGAGUGCCCCCUUCUGUUUCUCCUGGGAACAAUGGCUGAAGCUUAUUUUACUGAAGCAGGAAGCCUCUUUUGAAGCUUUCCUGCUCAGUUCUUUCACUCAGCGUUUUCACUCAGUAAUAGUAUAGUUUUUGCCUGGAAGAUUUCUAGUCUUUUUUGACUAUUCAUAUUUACUAAACCAGUUCUCAGAAUAUGCAAGAACGCUAGUAGCAGGAUGAAUAACCAAAAUAUAUUGCGGCACAGGCCUACAGCAGCUGAUUACAUCCAAGGCAAAGUAGGUUGAUCCAUGGCUCUAAACUUCAGCCUGCAGAUUUGAGCCAUUAGGCCAAGGAUUACAGAUCACAAUGCUAGACAAAGAUAAAUACACCAAAGAGAAGGGUUUGAGCACUAGUGAUUAAACUAUUGGGUGCCAGAGCUUGCUUUUGAUUCCACCUUGUUGCCUCAUCUAACUGUAAUACUGGUUGCUUGUCUUUUAACCAAGGCUUAAGGUCCCCAUACGCGUCGAGAUUUGCUCGCUUGGCAAGAUCGCUAAGCGAGCGGAUCUUCACCCGAUAUCCCCACCUACGGCCCCCAAUCCGACUGAAUUUUCUAACCUGGCCAAUCGAUAUCUGCCCAAUUUCAGGCCAGAUAUCGGUUGGGUAGGCCCCUCGUUUCUGCCCCUACACGGGCCGAUAAGCUGCCGAAUCAGUCCAAGGGACCGUUAUUGGCAGCUACAAUCGGCCUUCGGGGACCUUAAGUUGCCUCCGCCAGCCAUAAAACCUGAAUUUGCACUUUUAUUUGUUAUAGUGUACAGUGUAGUGUACAUGGACACUGACUGCACAGGUGUACAAGGCCUGUUGCCUGUGUUAACAAGCAUGUACACCUAUUAGCAGCUGCUCUUCUUAGUAUAUGUCACUGCUGCUACAGGUUUUGCUGUGAAUAUGAGCCAUUUGCCUCAGGAGACAAUGAUAUAUAUCAGUAGAUCGGUUAGCCUGGCCCAUAUGUAUUCAGUUUGACUACUGAAAGAAGUGUCUUGCCAAAAUAAAAGCUAGCAAUUCAAUGCAAUCACAUAGGCAGGGGUUGUACAUGACUUUCGCUUUCAGCAGCUAAAGGGAUUUGGGAAGGUCAAAAGACCUUUUUUUUUUAAUGCAUAUUUCUAAUAUUGUUUCUCUCUCUCUCUCUCUCUCUCUCUUUAUAUAUAUAUAUAUAUAUAUAUAUAUAUAUAUACAUAUAUAUAUACAAGCUGUACAGAGAUAAUAAUUUUAUGUAUAUGGAAAAAGAGCUAUAUUUUGUAUGAAGGACCCAGCAGUAUUCUCCAUAUCUAGUUGUGAUGCAAUGGUUGGAGCAAAUUUGCUACUUCUUUUUUUUUUUAUUUGUCACAUUCUAUGUAAAAAGGUGUUAUUAUUGGAAACCCAUUCUGCUUACAGGACUUUGCCUUUAGGGCUGACCAGAUCGGGGGUGGGGGGCAUAUUAUUCCUAAAUACUAAAAUAGUGCAGGGCUCUAAAAAUAACAGUACCCUAUUUUUGUACCUUUAAAAAUGGCCUUGCGUAUAAAAUUUCUGAACAGAAGUUAUAGGGCUCAUUUGCAAACCUGGAGGGGAAGGGUGCAAGUGCAAGAACACUAAGGGAAGCAAGUCAUAGGAUUCACAGAGGGACACAGUUAUAGGAUUCUAAGCUAUCUGUUUAAGGUGCUUCCCUGAAUCGCUAGUGAUUGUUUUAAAGCCUGAGAAAGGGUUAAAGGGACAGUGGCUAUAUAUAUUGGUCUGUUUUGGCCAUCACAAGAAGAUUUCACACCGCUGACUGGCUGUUUUUUAUGGUAAAAAGGAAAGGCCAAGACAAGCCCAUUUGUACCAGGAAACUUACAUUAAAAAAAGUGCCUAUAAACUAUAUUACUGGCUGACUAAAUACCCAAUUUUCCAGAAAAUAUAAUUAUAUAAAUAAGAAAAAUUAUAAUUUGACGUCAGGUCCCCUUUAAAAUAUCUAUAAUUGACGGAAAAGGACAUGUGCAAGAUAACUGAAUUUAUUGACAUGACUAUUUGUGUAUACAUAUAUAUAACAGCUGCUUUUGGUGUUACCAGCACAGCCUGGAAUUUACAAUAUACAGUUAUAAUAAACUUUGGCUAUUGAUUUCCAAAGAUUACCCCCUAAUUUAAUGAAUAUUAAUCUAUUUGAGUGAAAUAAGAACCAGCUCAGGUCUUCCAUGACAGUUAGCUGAUUGGAGGUUUCCUCAGUGCUCGUAGGUAACAUUCACCUUACAGAGACCGCUCUCCGCGCUCUGCUCUUACCCUAUGGGACUUUAGAAGACAUUAUGUAUUAUAAACACUAUGUAUUUUAUUUUCUGUACAUUAUUUUUGAGGACUGCUGCUUUUUCUUGAUUCUAUUGUUGUAAAUAUGUUUUUAAUUUUUUGCUUACUUCCUGUAGUGUCGUUUUAUAUCUUGUUGAAGCAGUAGGAAUCAUUUGCUCACUAUGCAUAGAGCUCAGGAAAAGACCAAUGGCGAUGGGAUAAUGAUCCAGUUCCAGUUUCUGUCAAGAUAUUUAACAGGACUGGAUCACUUUGUAGUAAGGUCGCCUGUGUAUCAUGUUAAUCUUCAGACCUGGCCUGUGCCAGACAAGGCAUAUUAAGUGUAGCACAGUAGCUGGUGCCAUUCCUGAUGCCAUUAAACUACUUGCUCAUUCUGGUGAGACACAUAGAUUAUUCAGCAACAGCUAGAAUGGUCCAUUCUAUACUAUUCAACAUUGUUACCAGUGCUGGGUCCGGGGUCUACUAUGCUACUUUUUGUAGAUAAGCCAAUCUUGGAGGAUCAGACAAAUGUUCAUUGCUUUUCGGUUUACAUUUUAAUUAAUCAACUGAUUUUAGCACUUCUUUAGAUGCCCACCUUCCACCCACAUGCCCUUUCUAUCCUGCCUGCUCACAUGGCAUCUUGAACACUGGCUAUAUUAAGGUACUUCUUUCACGUUUGCUGACUUCUACUGGUGGUUGGUCCUGGUGUUGUUUUCUGUUAGAAGAGGCAAGUCUGGGACCAGAGGUGGGCCUAGCCAUCUGCGCUCCCUAGACAACCCAACCAGCCUGGAAUGGCAUGCAUUCACAAGCGAUGGAGGAGGACUAGAGGUAGGCAAAAUAGAUACCUGUGCCCUAGGCAAGUGCCUCUACUGCCUACCCCUAGUUCCAGCCUUGUCUGGGACACAGAGGUUCAUCAAAACCUAACAACAAGCAGGGGAAAGGAAGAGUUCUGUGGGGUUCAGCAUUGUUUGUGUCAUUGUUUGUUGUCAUUGAGCUAAUAUAAAUGGGGCUCCUAACAGAAUGCCAGCUAUCUUAAUAUCCAAUCUGCUUUGCUUUCAAAGCUUUACAGUAUUACACAGCAUACAUGAAGUAUUUACCCUUUUAUAGCUAAUGGCACAUGUAGCAUUUGCUUUGUCAAGGCUUUUCCAGUGGUGCCAGGUGGUUUCCAUUCAUGUCAGUGGUAGGCAGUGACAGGCAUACUGUAGGAUGGGUGGAAGUUCAGCUUGGUUGCUACAACUUACUCCUCUGCGUGAGGAACACCUGCAGAUCAGUGUAGAACUUCGAUUGGCGCUUUAGGUUAGUGAUUCAGAGGCUUGCUAGUAGAAUCUCAUGAUGCAUAAGCUCCUGUAAAUUAAUUAGACUCAUGCAGCUUCCUUCCCAUCCAAAUGGACUUUACCAAAUAUGCCAUAUGCAAUACAUUUGCUGGCCAAACCCUUUUCAUAGUUUUAGGCCACUUACACAGCUCAGUCACAGCUGCUUUGUGAACAGCUGGUAGACAAACCAUUUGUCCUUGGGGCCCCAAGCAUCAGAUGGGGACUCUAAGACAAAAAUGAGGCUUCUUGUCUACUUCUGGGUUAGUGUAGAAUUAGUCCUCCAAAAUAAUAUAUCUAUCCAUGAAAUUAUGUUGCACUACUGUGUAGGUAAAAUUCCUCCCUUUCAUGUUGGAAGGGUGGGAGUCCUGCAAUUACACAGGACCAGAUUUAGUCAAGUGCUCAGUUAGAUGAGUUCUGCCAUCCAGCAUGGAAAGCAUUAGCUUGUAAGGUGCCUUAGAAUGUAGUAACUGUUGGCUAUCCAUAUUUCUCUUCCGCACCCAUGCCCAAUGUCUCAGGCAGCCUGUUGGUUCUUAUAAUAUGAAGCCAUUACCAUGUGAUCCUAGUGAGGAUCUAUGUCUUCCUUUAGGAAUAUACCUCUUUACCAUAACACAGGAAGCUCCAUGCUUUUGCACUGUGAUCAUCUGUUAAAUGCACAAAAAAUGGCAAUAAUACCAAUAAAAUACUUGAUUUUUGGAAA